AUGGAGUGGGAUCACGAGUGCCAGAAGGCCUUUGACACCAUCAAGGUCUACCUAAUUCAGCCACCGAUAUUAGUACCACCCGUGCUGAACCGGCCCCUCAUUUUGUACCUCACGUUGACGAAAUACGACAUAGACAUGCCUCGCACGUCUGUCAAGGGGCAGGCGAUUGCCGACCACCUAGCAGAAUUCCCGAUCGACGACGACACGCCGAUCAACACGGACUUCCCGGAUGAAGAAAUCCUCCAGGUAGAUGAAGAGAAAGAGGAGCCAACGUGGAAGAUGUACUUUGACGGGGCUGUCAAUUCCGUAGGAUCCGGAGUCGGGGCAGUCUUGAUAUCCUCGGAUGGGCGCCAUUACCCCGUCGCUGCAAAAAUGGAUUUCUCCUGUACCAACAAUUGGAAGACGAAGGAUGUGAAGCUAGUCCCGUACCACGAAUACCUUGAGGAGUUGGAGAAGAAUUUCGAGAAGAUCUCGUUCACUUACACUCCACGCGCCAAGAAUCAGUUCGCAGACGCACUUGCGACGCUUGCGUCCAUGGCGAGUAUUUCAGAGGGGAACAUCGUCGAACCCCUCGAAAUCGAAGUGGCCAAAGGCCCGGCCCACUGCAACGCGAUCGAAGCGUCCGAAGCGAAGCCGUGGUACGAGGACAUCAAGAACUUCUUGCAAACGGGCCAAUAUCCCCCGUUCGCCGAUCGCCGCGGUCAAAAGACGCUCAGCGCCUUGCAAUGCAUUACUUUCUGA